GCAGAGCUGGUCAGGGACAGCGGAGUCCGCUCCAAGGCCGAGCGGGUUUGGACCUGCGCUCCCGGCUCCGCCAGCAGAUAACAUUGUGUAAUUUGAAUCAGGAACAAAAUCCUCUGAAAGCUCAGAGCAGAAGCCUCUUUGGUCAACAUGGAAGAAAAAAGACGACGAGCCCGAGUGCAGGGAGCCUGGGCUGCCCCUGCCAAGAACCAGGCGGUUGCUCAGCCAGCUACCCCUGCUAAGAGCCAUCUCCAUCAGAUGCCUGGUCAGACCUGGAGGAACAAGGACCGUCUGUCUGAUAGACAAUUUGUGUUCACAGAACCCCAGCAGGUAGUACGGAGAGUCCCAGAGCCACGAGUGAUUGACAGAGAGGGCGUGCAUGAAAUCAGCCUGUCACCUACAGGCGUAUCUAGGGUGUGUUUGUAUCCUGGCUUUGUUGACUCAAAAGAAGCCGACUGGAUAUUGGAACAGCUUUGUCAAGAUGUUCCCUGGAAACAGAGGACUGGCAUCAGAGAGGAUAGAACUUAUCAGCAACCAAGACUUACAGCAUGGUAUGGAGAACUUCCUUAUACUUAUUCAAGAAUCACUAUGGAACCAAAUCCUCACUGGCAUCCUGUGCUGAGCACCCUGAAGAACCGCAUUGAAGAGAACACUGGCCACACCUUCAACUCCUUACUCUGCAAUCUUUACCGAAACGAGAAGGACAGCGUGGACUGGCACAGCGACGAUGAACCCUCACUCGGGAGGUGCCCCAUCAUUGCUUCACUCAGUUUCGGUGCCACACGCACUUUUGAGAUGAGGAAGAAGCCACCGCCAGAAGAGAAUGGCGACUAUACAUAUGUGGAAAGAGUGAAGAUACCCUUGGAUCACGGGACCUUGUUAAUCAUGGAAGGAGCUACACAAGCAGACUGGCAGUUUAUCCAGACCCUAGAGGGGCACCCCGGUGAUGUGAGAUCUUUGAGAGAGACUGAGGCUGAGCAAACCUUCCACUGAGAAGAAACUUCAAGAGGCUGGUCCGCUGAUCUCGUGGUGUGGCUGCGUGGAAGAUGGUGGGGUUUGUUUCCCAGCUCCUAUUAAAUGAGAGCCAGCAGUUCAUGGUGGUGGUAUGUCUGUCACUAAUCACAUCCCCAAAUUGCGUAUUAUCUUUAGGCCAAUUAAAAUCCAUGUGGUUGUGCUGAUGGAUGAUUUUUGUCCAUAAGCAUGUUUUCUCUUGCCCUCCCUCACUUCACUUGAAGAAUAUGAAUGGACUUGUGCUGCUGGGGAAAAUAUACACGUGUUUGUUCCAUGUGACUUUAGUGGAGAUAUAAAUAUGCAUCAGUGACUCUGGAGCCUUCCCUGGGCAGACAGCUGCUAAAACCCAAACAAAGGUACUUUCAUCCUGACUCAUGUGCUGUUGUGCUAGAAAGCUGCAUUUUUCAGGCAACACUGCAUUUAACCGAGUCUUCUGGCCUAUCAGUCCUCCUGUGUUACAGGUUACUGGCCUCUGAAUAAAGAGUGAAGGCAGGACGUUAUAGUCCAGCCACCUGCAGGCAAUCACCUGGACUACUUGUAAUAUGAGUGCCAACUGUACCCUUUGAGGGAGGAAUAAGUGGGUGAUGUAGCAGGCUGAAAUAAGGCAGAAGGGCAGCUCAUGUCCUGCUAAUGACAGCUGUUCCACAUAGAUUCGUUCCCCCGAGGGAAUUACUUGAGUCAUUCAAACCCCAGCCACAUAGAAGUGGGGGCAGUGCUGUGGGGAACGCACUCACUUGC